AUGUUUUGCCGACCGCGUCCAAUGCACAUGUCGGUGGGGGGCCGCAUACCGAGGCGGACGGUGGCCGCGGCGUUUUCUGUUGGAUUUUCGGGCACCACAACAACAACAACAACCGCCCACCGUCGUUGUUACCGAACAGACUUCUUCAGCAGUGAAGCCGCGGAGGGGCGAGCGGCCACGAGAGCUUUUUCUCCUCCUCCUGUUCCUCCUCCUGCUCCUCCUGCCCCACCGAUAGAUGCGGCUACCCUCGCCGCAAUGCUCGACGAUGUCAGUCCGGAGGUGGUGGCAGGGCAUCAGGAAGAGGUGGUGGCGAUGAAGGCACCGUCAGCCUCAUCGGCGAGGGGAGAAAACGCCUCUGCGACAUCCAAAGGUUUUUUGAGUGAUAUUGUUGCUGACACGCAGGAGCUUAAUACGGUGGUUGCAGAGGAAGCGAUUGAGGAAGAAUGUGCAAUUCUGCUGCAGCCAGAGCGCCCGGAGAUGGAAAGCCAAUACGAGUGCGGGUUAUCCAAAACGGAGGAGGUUGCCACAGAGACACCUGCGUCAGCGAGUUGGGUCACCAAAAUGAACUCUUCAUGCAGUUACCUCUCUCGGCAGGAUGCUCUUUACUUGGCGGCACCAACCCCAUUGGACGCACGGAUGCCAGUUGUUUCCACGCCAGCUUCUUCAUUGUGUGUUAUGGUCGUUUUUGCCGCGAAUGACAUGCGUGUCCAUGACAACUAUACAUUGGCGUUAGCAGCCGUACGGGCAGAAGCGGCAGGUGGCCUACCAGUUAUAGCCGUCGCUGUCAUCGACUACCGCACCUUUGCACAGCCGAGUGCUGUUGGCGGGUACUUUCGGCAGAGCCCCAUGCGGGCGCGUUUUUUUCUUGAGUCCCUUGCAAAGUUGCGGGCGACGAUAGAAGAGGAAUUACAUGUGCCGCUUCUUAUUCGCUGUGGACGGCCCGAAGAACACGUCCCACGUCUCGCAGUAGAGUGCGGUGCGACCGAUGUUUUCAUGACAACGCAGUAUGCCCCACAUGAGAAGAAUGUUCAUGACACCAUCGUGGAGUCGAUUAAACGCCGCAAGUGGGUGAGCCGCGAUGUCGCCUCAGGCCUGAAGCCAAAAACACAUGACGCUGCCGUAUCCCAUCCAUACGGCAACUGCGACGGGGAUAGGGAGGCGGUAACAGCUGCAGUGUCUCCUGUCCCACACAGCGUAUGGCAGACAACCCUGGUGCACAUAGAUGACCUGCCCGUGCCGGUGGCGGCCAUGGCAGAAGGCGAGCGUUGGUACCAUGACGAUGUGACUGUUGCGAGUAUUCGCCCGACGGCACCGUACGAUCGUUAUAUUGCAAGGAUAUCAUCCCUACCGACGCGGCACGAACUUCUUCCUACCGCAGCGGAACGGAGUGGUUUGGCUCACCCGCCUCUGUACCGCGGCAGCAUUCCAACUUUGGAUCAACUUGGCUACGGCAACCAGGAAGCCUUUGCGGUGGAGGAGGUCAUUGCGACACAGUCCUCACACCCACCUGGGGAACACGCGGCAAUUGAACGAGUGGAGGAUUGGCUUGCCGGUGGGGGUGUGACGUCGCUGCUGCGCCAUGGCCGAGAGCACCGUACAAACGUGAAAAUGUACUCGCAACGCCUCUCGCGGGUAUCGCCGUACCUCUCGAAUGGAUCCCUUUCACCGCGACGGUUCUACGAGAUGCUGCGGCGUUAUGCCACCGAGAAUCUGCGGGAUAAUUUUGUGCAAAUGCAAUACCGUGAGGCACUCCUCCGGUUGAGUCGACGUGAUUAUUGGCACUGGAUGGGCUUGCGUUACGGGCCACUGCUCUUUUUCCCGUAUGGCCCACGACCCGAACAAACCGACAACAUCCCCGACUGGCGUCAUGAUGAAAAAAUUGUGCAGAAGUGGUGUGCAGGACUCACUGGCGUGCCUUUUGCGGAUGCGGCAAUGCGGGAACUGUUGACGACUGGUUUUGUUGCCCACGAGGGACGACAGGCGUUGGCCUGGUUGUUGACACGCGGCUAUGGACAAGACUGGCGCCUUGGGGCGGAGUGGUUGGAACGCUGCUCGCUUGACUACGAUCCGUUUCUCUGUUACGGCAAUUUUGCAUACUUCAGUGAACUUAUCUUGGAUGACUUUGGUGAACCAGUGCGCAGUGUUCAUUGGCUUGCCCACCACCAUGACCAGACAGGCAUCUACGUUAAGAAAUGGCUCCCGCUGCUAAGUAAGAUCCCGCCUGUGUACAUUCACAGACCGCAUGUGCUUACGCCGAGGAUGCAGGCUAUGCAUGGUGUGAGACUGGGUAAAACCUACCCGUACCCGCUGAAGCUGUGGGAUGGGGCGCAGUACAUGUUAGGCAGUGACGAGCUCACGACGUACUUUGACGACUCAAGUGCAUGGCAUCGGAAGACGAAGAGUGGCGCAGGAGGUCCAGGCCAUGCGGAAGCUCUACGCCACGGAAAGGCGAUCAUGAAGGUCAGAGAAUGGAACGCUGCCAUCUUGCCAGAGGAGGUCGCCCAACGUCCAUGGGCGCAUCACCUUCCCGCAUCUGCCUUUGAGAGUAGUGAAGACGAGGUGGAAACGCUUCAAAUGAGGCAUCGGAACCAAAAUCAGCCAACACGACAUGGGCAGCUUUCUCUCUGA